AUGGCACGGAAGACUUGGCCGUUUGGUUCAUCGUCAAUGGUUCAGCCACUCGGACUCGUCGUGGCUGUACCCAUGAAGCGCAAAUGUAUGCAAGAAAGGGCCAUGGCAAAAUUACUCAAAUCAGAGUUUCAUUAUCAUCAUCUCUAUCGGUACUGUGUAUGGAAUGAGAAGAGCGCGGUGCUCUUUGCUCUUGCGUUCACGUAUCUCAAUCUGCAGCCGGUGACGAAUACGCUUGAGAAGAAGCGUGCGCUGCUUAAGACCAUCGCGUAUCUUUUCUACCAGCUCAUUCUCUCCAGACUGCAUGAGAAGUUCGGUAAUCUUCGCGCCUUUGUGAGCGGAGUAGCCAGCGGGGAUAAUGGUCCUGCCAGAAAUCAUGCCAGCUUCCUGCAGCUCGGCAAGCUUAGCGCUGGCCUCGUCCAAGAGCGCAGCGUGGGCUUUCUCAGCCGCGAUGUACUCACCAUCUUCCCUCAAGCGAUCCUUCACCUCUUUAUCACGUUCGACUGUAAUGUUACUUUGUAA